GCUGUGUGAGCCGCUGCGGGCUCCAGAGCCCCCAGGUGCCCGCGGGCGCGCCAGGGCCAUUGGGUAGGGGGCGCCGCACUCGCCAUGCUGCGCGGGCCCCGGGCCCUGGCUCCGGCCGCUGCGCAGCCCGCAAAGGGGGUGCCCUCUUUGAGCCCCACGGAGCUGUGGCCGCCCGGCCUCAGCAGCCCCCAACUCUGCCGGGCCACCACCACCUACCACACCUCGCUGUACCCGCAGACGGUGCCUCCUGCCGCGGCACCUAGCACCUGCCUCGACGCCACUCCCCACGGACCCGAGGGCCAAGUUGUGCGAUGCGUGCCGGCAGGCCGGCUGCCGGCCAAAAGGAAGCUGGACCUGGAGGGAAUCGGGAGGCCAGUGGUUCCGGAAUUCCGGACUCCCAAGGGGAAGUGCAUUCGAGUGGAUGGCCUCCCCAGCCCCAAAACCCCCAAGUCCCCCGGGGAGAAGACUCGGUAUGACACAUCGCUGGGGCUUCUCACGAAGAAGUUCAUUUACCUCCUGAGCGAGUCUGAGGAUGGGGUCCUGGACCUGAACUGGGCUGCUGAGGUGCUGGAUGUGCAGAAGCGGCGCAUCUACGACAUCACCAACGUGCUGGAGGGCAUCCAGCUCAUCCGCAAGAAGGCCAAGAACAACAUCCAGUGGGUAGGCAGGGGACUGUUUGAAGACCCCACUCGACCUGCGAAGCAGCAGCAGCUUGGGCAGGAGCUGAAGGAGCUGAUGAGCAAGGAGCAGGCGUUGGACCAGCUCAUCCAGAGCUGCUCCCAGAGCUUCAAGCACCUGACCGAGGAUAAAGCCAACAAGAGACUGGCCUAUGUGACCUACCAGGACAUCCGCGCCAUGGGCAACUUUAAGGAACAGACGGUGAUCGCUGUCAAAGCCCCUCCACAGACGCGGCUGGAGGUGCCCGACAAGGCUGAGGAGAACCUGCAGAUAUAUCUGAAGAGCACCCAAGGGCCCAUUGAAGUCUACCUGUGCCCGGAGGAGGUGCAGGAGCCGGAGAGUCCUGCCAAGGAGCCCCUCCCCUGCACCUCCGCCCUCAGCCCCAGCCCUGACUGUGCCCAGCCCAGCAGCAGCACUGACCCUGCCAUCUUGGAGCUUGAGCCAUCCUCAGAACCAGCGCUGACUCCACCACAGGUGCCACUGCCACCGUCACCAUCCCUUGUCCCCUUGGAGGCCACCGACAGCAUGCUGGAGCUGUCGCACCCACUUCUGCAGCAGACCGAGGACCAGCUCCUGUCCCCGACCCUGGCGUGCAGCCCCCUGAUCAACUUCUCUCCGCCCCUGGACCAGGAUGACUACCUGUGGGGCUUGGAUGGGGGGGAGGGCAUCAGCGAUCUCUUCGACUCCUACGACCUUGGUGACCUGUUGAUUAAUUGAGGGGCCGCAGCAGCCCACCCCCAUCUCUACCUCCUUGCAGACAGACUGACAGGUCCUCUGCCUGCACAGGGACAUUGGACACAAGGUGCCACCCUCAGGGCAUGAGAGUCUCCUCUCCUUUCUGACCUCCCUGCCAGCAGAAGCUGUCUGGGGACAGGUGGAGGGUGUGGGGGAGGGGCACAUGAGGGGUUGGGUCGUGUCCUUCCUCUCUGACCUCUGACCUCUCACGUGAAGGACCACAGGUGCAGGUUAUUAGGUUCAGGGAAAGGCCCCGCCACCUCCUUUUGGGGGGUCAUUAGGACCCUUGAUUUUCCAAGAAGCACUUAAUGCCCUUGUAUUUAUUUCAGGUUAAGUUGUGUUUAUCAUUCUUCCUGAGUUUUAGCAGGGAGAUUGUUUUAGUUUCUGGCAAGGCUUCUCCUCAGAUAGGUCCAUUCCCGCCCACUGUCCAAGGGCAGGCCUUCCAGGGGCCCAGACCAAUUCCCGGGUGUCCCCACAGUGGUGGACACUGGUCUCUGAGGAGUUGUCCAGUUUACCAGAAAUCUCAUUGCACUUAGGCCUCAUGAUUAUCACAAGUGCCAGGCCCUUGACCUCUCCAGCCGAGGUGUCAGCCUGGGACUCCUGGUCUUCAUCUCACAGAAGGUUCCAGCGGCCA